UCCCCGAGUUUUAUAAGACUGAGAUGCUUAGAUAGAAGCACACAUCUCCUGCACACAGAGGCGACACACACACUCACGCUCCUCUCUCACACACUUUGCACCAUGAGUGGUACACAGGGCUAUCCUUACCCCCAGGUGUUUCUAGUGGACAGUGGUAGAGGUCCACAGCCGUCGGUCCAACCUCCAGGCAUGCUGCCCUGCUGGUCCUUUCCUCCUGCCCAAGAGAGAGUGAUGAAGCGGGGCAGGGGCAGAGGCUGCAGGGGGGUUGGCUCCUGGAGCCUGACUAUGGCUCUGCUGUUUCUGCUGCUGCUGGUGUUUGGGGCAUUGGGACUGGGUACCUACCAGAUAAUCAAACUACAGACUCAACUCAACGGGAUACAACAGGAAAUGAACAUUGAGAUUGAUGGUCGUGGGCCUGAGAAGCUAGUGGGUGACCUUCCAGAGACCGAUCCAAACAGAGGGAAUACAGCCGGCAGACCUGCAGCACAUGUUAUAGGCCGGAUUGAGAAGCAUGUUUCACAGAAUACCUUGCGUUGGGAGCCAAAGGCGGGGCGGGCCUUCACAGAGGGGGGCGUGGUCUAUCGGGAUGGCGGUCUGCAAGUCAACGAGACUGGGCUCUACCACAUCUACUCCCGGGUGCAGUUUGAAGCCAAUCACUGCACCCCUACAGAUGCCUUGGUUCACUCUGUGUUUGUAAGAAGGCCAGGGAAUCGCAAGUCUCUCACCCUAAUGGAGGGGCACAGGGAGGGCUACUGCAACCUAGGCUCUCAUGGGCACGUCUGGACCUCGGGGAGUUACCUGGGAUCCACACUGAAGCUUGAAAAGCAGGACUGGCUGUAUGUGAAUGUCUCCCAUCCAGCCAUGCUCAGCCACGCUCAUCAUGCCAACUUCUUUGGACUCCACAAGAUCUAGAGAACAAGAGGAGAUCUGUUUCAUGUCUAUUUUCUGGCCAAUGACCAUUAUAUUUUGCCAGAACAGUAAUGGCAGUGCAAUGAGCAUUCAUUUAUUUAUUUGUGAUGUUAGAAGUGCAGUGGGUUUCAACUGAUAUUUCAAUCCUAGAACCUUAACACUAAUAUGCUUGUGAGGAAAGUGGUAUUUAGUAUUUAUUCUGAUUUUAAAAAUCUGACACUGAUGAUCCCAGCAGCAGGUCUGAAUGUAUGUUCAUUAGAACGCAGAUAAAUAAUAUGCAUGUUUGGGAUUUAAUAUAAUGUCAACGGGUAUACAACGUUCUAUUGUAAUAAAUAAGUAUUUUAAAGAG